AUGGCCGACAUUCGGAUUACCAAUUUGGAGGAUUCCAUCGACAAAGAGGUCUUGGAGAGUAUCCUACAGGUAGGUAUGUGUAGCAGAGAUAAAGUAAGGAUGGGAAAGAUUACUCUUGCUACAGGUGAUUUGGGUGCGAUGUGGAUUCGUCUUCCCGUGGUGGCGGUUAAGGCUGUUUGUAAGGAAGGGAAGAUUAGCUUCGGUUUGACGGUGGUGCGGGUGGAGUUGUUUCCGGCAAGGCCACUUCAGUGUCACAAGUGUUUGGAGGUCGGUCACAUUAGAUCGCAAUGUAAGAGCGAGAGGGAUUUUACCACCUCUUACUAUAAGUGUGGACAACUAAGUCAUCGAGCAAGGGAUUGCGUUUCGCGAUUUCACUGUAUAGUGUGUGAGCACAAAGGUAAGGAGGUAAACCAUAGAGUUGGCAGCUUGGGUUGUGAGUCGGUUUCGACAAGUGGUGGCAGCGACUAUUCUUCGUCUGCUCAAGAGGGAGGAUCGGUGAGCAUCCCAAAUAGGAUGAAGAAGAAGAAAGGUAGGGUGAAAACUUCGGGGAAGAUUUCUUCUCUGCUCAGGGAGGUCUAA